GUCUAGGAUUUGCCUCAAAACUCUAAUUUUUUUUUGGGCCUUUUUCUUUUUCGAUUUGCCGUGUCGCAACCAUGGCCACCGUGAGGGUUCUCCUCCGCCGAGGCUCUGCCGCCGGACGCGGUUUUCUCCCCGCCUAUGCGCCACCGCCCACCGCUGCGUACCCCACGGCAACGCGUCUCCUCCAGGCGCAGGCCCACUCCUCCCAGUCUGAUUCCGCGGCGGCCAAGCCCGGGCGCACCAAGACCUUCGCCAUCUACCGAUGGAAUCCUGAUCAUCCCGAGAAACCUCGGCUCCAGCAAUACGAGAUCGACCUCGGCGGGUGCGGCCCCAUGGUCCUUGAUGCCCUGAUCAAGAUAAAAAAUGAGAUCGACCCUUCCCUCACCUUCCGUCGCUCCUGCCGCGAGGGCAUCUGCGGGUCCUGCGCAAUGAACAUCGACGGGGACAAUGGGCUUGCCUGCCUCACCAAGAUCUCGUCCUCUGCCGGUGCCAGCACGAUCACACCGCUGCCGCACAUGUACGUUAUCAAGGAUCUUGUGGUGGACAUGACGAACUUCUACAGCCAGUACAAGAGCGUGGAGCCAUGGCUUAAGAGGAAAGACCAGCCUUCUACCCCAGGGAAGGAGAUCCUGCAGAGCAAAAAGGAUCGCGCCAAGCUGGAUGGUAUGUACGAGUGUAUCCUUUGCGCCUGCUGCAGCACCUCCUGCCCUAGCUAUUGGUGGAAUCCUGAGACCUAUCUCGGACCGGCUGCUCUCCUCCAUGCCAACAGGUGGAUACAGGACAGCCGAGAUCAGUACACGAAGGAGCGACUGGAUGCUGUAAAUGAUGAGUUCAAGUUGUACCGUUGCCACACCAUCAUGAACUGUACCCAUGCCUGCCCCAAGGGACUGAAUCCUGCAAAGCAAAUUGAAUCAAUCAAGAAGCUUCAGCUUCAGUGAACUGCGCCGCCUGCCUACUCCAAGAGAUCAAAUUUUGCAAUACAAAUUCAAUCCAUGAAGAAACUUCAGCUGCAAUUUUUUCCCACUGAGAUGCCAUUUGUUCCUUCUUGUGAUUCAAAAUAAAAGCCCAUCACUGGCAUAUGAUGUUUUGCAGGACGUCACAACUGUUUCAACAUUUGUUACUUGCAUGCCUUCUUAUGGGCUCUAUUUAUCAAUGACACUGCAUUUGAUUUGCUUAACAUCAAGUCCAAUGUUAUUUUGAAGUGUAGGAUAUAUUGCAUUUGCAUUCAGUAGUAUAAUUUAUGCUUUUAUUAUUUUGUUA